GCCACAGCAGUCAGUAUACUGCUUCUCGGACCGUCAUAGACGACUUCACAAGGAUGAUGCCGCCUCAUGGCCUCUCACACUUGCGAUCCAUCGCAAUGGACCGGAGAGAUGAUUCAUGAUGUGAUUCCAAGAGAAGGAUCUUGGACAGCCUGGAAACUACAGGACACAAAAGUGAGAAGGGACACAAGUGCUUACAAUGACUUCCAGAUCUCGGCUAUUCCCUCCAGCCCGGCAGUAAAGUUCCAUGCCUGGGACAGCAGAUGUUCUUCUGGAUCCAGACACCGCAGACCAUGUACCAGAAACAACACCAACAACAAUGGGCACCGGCACCAUUCAUCUCUGUCGGCGGGGCUUAGUAACCCCCUUCUUCAGCUGGCAUCGACGUUAUAUACCAACGAUUCACAACGAUAUUACAAAUCGCGGUUCGGAUUGGGUUCGCUUUGCGCCUUAUGGAUCAAACUAGAUGCUUCCGCAGUCAUCCAUUCAGGAUGUGUGUUCAAGGCACCGAUUAAUAAAGAUAGACGGACGAUAGAUGGCUUUUUUUUUUUCUUUUUUUUCUUUUUCUUUUUUGAUUUAUGGAAUACCAGCACGACCAGCGGGUCUGUGACUGAUGGGCUCUCCAGGGAGGUGUCUGGAGUAAAAACUUAGAUACCAUUGAUAGAUUUGCACGGGACUUUGCCAAUAUAAUUUAAGAUCUCAUUUC